AGGUUGGAGAUAGGCUCAUUGCAGUGAAUGACGUCAACCUUGAGAAUGUAACGCAUGAGGAUGCUGUUGCUGCAUUAAAAGCCACACAGGAGAGAGUGGUGCUGACAGUUGGCAAACCAACCUAUCUCCAGAACACUGACUUUACAGACAUGAGUCACUCCCCACAGUCAUCUCCAACACCUGACACAGUCCAAAUUGUUCAGAAGCCUCCCCCUUCACCCAAGCAACAGCCGCCGCCUGCCGUCACAGUGACCAGUAACUCCAUGCAGCAGAUGACCAGUACACCCAAACCAACGCCACAAGUAGUGGACGAAGAUAUACCAAGAGAGCCGAGGAAGGUGACCCUAAAGAAAGGAUCGUCUGGCCUGGGUUUCAACAUCGUGGGCGGAGAAGAUGGCGAGGGGAUCUACGUGUCGUUCAUCCUGGCGGGAGGACCUGCAGACCUCAGCGGAGAGCUCAAGAGAGGCGACCAGCUCAUUUCUGUUAAUGGUGUUGACUUGAGGGACGCCACACAUGAGCAGGCAGCAGCCGCACUAAAGCAUGCUGGGGACACAGUGGAAAUUGUCGCACAGUAUAAACCGGAAGAUUAUAACAGAUUUGAGGCCAAAAUUCAUGAAAUUCGUGAGCAGAUGUUGAACACAAGUCAGAGCAGUUUAAAAACUACACAAAAGAGGACACUCUAUGUGAGGGCCCUCUUUGAUUACGACCCUUCUAAGGACAGUGGUCUGCCGCGGGAGGGUCUGGAGUUCAGGUAUGGAGACAUUCUCCACGUCACCAAUGCCAGCGAUGACGAGUGGUGGCAGGCCAAGAGGAUCCUGCCAGACGGGAAGGAGGAAGGACUGGGCAUCAUACCCAGCAGGAGAAGAGUUGAGAGGAAAGAGAGAGCCAAGGUGAAGAGGGUGGACUUCAAGGGAAAGGGAGUGGACUCCAAGGCUGUUGGUGGCACAGCAGCAGACAAACAGAAGAAGAAGAAUUUCUCCUUUACCAAGAAGUUCCCAUUCAUGAAGAGCAAAGACAAGAGUGGCACAAGUAUGGAAGAUGUCACUGUGGAUGAACAAACGGAGGGUGAUAAUGAUUCCAACAGAGGGGAUGAACCAGUGCUCACCUAUGAACCAGUGAUACAGCAAGAAUUGAAGGUGACACGCCCUAUCAUUUUACUGGGCCCGCUGAAGGACAGAAUUAAUGACGACCUGAUAUCAGAGUACCCGGACAAGUUUGGCAGCUGUGUACCUCACACGACACGUCCGCGCAGAGACUACGAGGUGGACGGGCGUGACUACCACUUCGUGGACUCUCGAGAGCAGAUGGAGAAGGACAUUCAGGACCACCUGUUCAUCGAAGCGGGGCAGUACAACGAGCAUCUGUACGGCACCAGUGUUGCCUCAGUCAGGGAGGUCGCAGAAAAGGGCAAGCAUUGUAUAUUAGAUGUCAGUGGAAAUGCUAUUAAGAGACUUCAGGUUGCUCAACUCUACCCUAUAGCCAUCUUUAUUAAACCAAGAAGUGCAGAAUCUAUAAUGGAGUGGAACAAGAGAAUGACAGAAGAGCAGGCCAAGAAAAGUUUUGAAAAAGCAUUGAGAUUAGAGCAAGAGUUUGGAGAGUACUUCACAGCUGUGGUCAGCGGGGACACGCCAGAUGACAUCUAUGCAAAGGUCAAGGAGGUCAUUCGCGACCAGUCGGGGCCCAUGAUCUGGGUGCCAUCAAAAGAAAAGUUAUGAUGCGGAGAUUGGAGAGCGAUGCAUUAGACACUUUUAAAGCCAUUAUGUAGUCAUCAGGAUGGAGGGAAGGAUGAAGGGAAGAAAGGACAGAUUGAGAAGCACUGGACAGUGAUAAAUAAAGAGCACGCUUGAGAAGGGGUGUAAAGGUGUAAAGAAUUUAAUGAAAAUUUUAUGGCCAAUCAGGGUGGACAUGAUAAUUUGCGUACUGUGGAAUCAUGGGAAGAGGAAAUUGUGGUGAAUAGCUGCGCGCUGUAGAAUAUACAAUUGUAGUGGCAAAGGUAGAGGACAAGCUACAUGUAUGAUCCAAUAGCAGAAGAGGGUACAGAAAUAAUUUCUUCCAGGAUGAAAAGUGAUAGCUUAUUCUUCCCAAUAAUUUAAGACUAAACAGUUGUGUAUGGUAAUAUGAAGUGUACAGUUUUAUCAUAACUGUAUUAAGUAUCAAGUUAACUAAUCUUAUGGCUCUUGUAGACCCAAUUGUAAAGUUUUCUGUGUUAUAUGAUUCCACAAGUAAGGAGAGAGAAAGGCGAAUUAGAUAGCUUGCUUUACGUGGGGCAGGGAAUAUAGAUUUGAUAGAGAACAUAGUCUUGUAUCUUAUAAAUAACUGAUGAAAGAAAAUGUACAUAGGAGAUUGAAUUGAAUUUCCAUAGCAACUGGAUUAAUCGCCAUAGAAACCAUUGUACAGUUGCUAGGCAGUUUUACAUGGUAUUAAAAGGUUCAUCUCAAGGAAAAAGAAAGUAGUCUGGUAGAUGUAAACAAGAUAAGUUAUGGUAGGCUUCAGAGUAAGGUUUUUGAAGUAUUUCUGUAAGAAUUGAUGUUAAGAGGAACUAAGUCUUUAUUAUUUUGUAUUUGCUUAUUCAUUUUUUCUGCCUUUUUAAUGAAUAGCACACCAAUGUUUUCUUAUUAUUUCCUUCAAGUGAUUUAUGAAAGUUGCUGUUUCGUGUGUGAGCUGUGACAAUGAACAGUUCCAGUCUUGUCAACAUUGUGUUGUGUCACCUGGUAAAGAAACCUGUUCGUGAAGAUUCAUUUCCCUCAUAGCUUGAGAUUAGAAGGUGAAUUAAGAAAUAUAAGAUUGUCAUACACGCUACAAGUACCCCAUUGGUUCAUAUUGUCAAUUUAAUAUUUGAUGUGGAUGGAUUCUGUUUGAUGAAAUGUGUUCAAGGUAAACCAGUACUGCUGCCAUUUUGAAUACCAGUUGGACUCUUAUUUCAUUGUGGCACUUCUCAUUACACGUGCCAGCUCUUAUGCUAGUUUGCCAAUAUAGAGGUAAUAUUUGAUGUGCCGGAUAUGUGUAAGUCACAAGGUGAAAGCUAUUGUUUUGACUAAAUAAAUGCUGCUUUACUAAGAAAAGGCUCUUCUGUAUUGCAAUGUGAAAGGUCCAGUCAUGCCAUGGAAACCUUGCUAGAAUGUAUUUUUGGUUUUGACAACACACUUGAAUUACUUCGGUAAAAUAACAGCCAGUUAGAUAUUAUUCUACCAGUAUUGUGGGAAUUGGACAACUAAUGGGGAAACUGUAGGUAAUAGAAAAUAAGGCUUUGGAUUAUUCUUCUCUAUUAUUAAUUUCGAUGAAAUUUUGACAUUUCUGGUCUGUUGAUUGAAAAGUUUUCUUAAAGAAAACCAUGUACAUGUUACUUGUUUGUCGUAUAAGUUAUCUAGCAUAAUCAAAACGUGCCGUAGCUUUAUUUCCAGAUGAAAGUUGGGGAAAACGGUUGUCUUAAGUGUUCAAGUGCUUGCUUAUUUGAUUAGUUGUUAAUACAGUAGCUCAACCAAUUAGUGGAAGCGUUACUAACUUCCAGGGCAAUUAGUGUUGCAUAUUGGGAAAAUUCAGAUGUGACUACAUAUCUCAUUGGUUGAUUUACAGCAUCCAUUUGGGAUCCAUGGUAACAGUGUGUGUAUUACAUUAACAUUAUUAAAGACACUGAGAAUAAUACGUAAAAUUUAUACAAUUAAUAUGUAUAUCGAUAUGAAAAUAUUCACUUGGAGAAAUGUAUGACAUAGCCAAUGACAGUCCAAGAGAUGUAAAAUAAACUUAUCUUUAGUUUUAUCCAAUA